GGUCAUAUCAACAUUGUGUUUAUGAUAAAAUGCAACUUGUGUGUGAUAUUUUUCAUGACUAUGGACAUUUAUUAAUAAUUUUCAGAGAAUCUUCACUACUAAUAAAUGAUAGUGCGGUUGUCAACUUAAUGGAAUGUCAAGUCACGGUGUUGUUGUAAAAUUAAGUUAUUUUGUUAACCUACACAUAUACUCUACUGCAAUUUAGUGCAAGGUUGCCUCUGGCUACACUUUGACAGUUACAGCUAGUUUUUUUCAAUGCUAUGAGCUUUUAUGAGUACAUCUCAAGUUAGGCUCACUAGCUGGGAGUUGGAUUAUUGCAACUACAGUUUCAGCUAGAUAAUCAUCACCAUGGAACUGAUUUUGAGAGACCAUCAUGGUCAGUUGACCGUUAACAACAGCAGACAGAACUCUGCACGACCAUACAGAAAUCUUGCAAACUAUGAAGAGGAGAAACACCUAUGGCAGGUUUUGGAAUCUGGGUUGGAUUUCGAAAUAUGCUGCCAGGAAUUUGCACUUGCUUGUUUUCUUGGCAACUACAAGUUAGUGGAGCUAUAUUUAAAUUAUUACUUCAAAAGAACUUGGCACUGUUUUAAAGAAAAAUCACAAACUUUAUAUAAAUUAUUGAAUCAUUAUAAUGAGUAUGGGAACACACCACUUAUUUUAGCGAUUCGUGGAUGGAAUGAUCACCCUUUAGAAUAUGACUUGUGCUCCUUGCUUAUUAAGCAUGGAGUGGAUCUCAAUAUUACCCAGCAGCUUUCCAAGGAAUCACCUCUUAUGACCGCCAUCAAGCUUGGAUCUAAUCAAAUUGUGCAAGUACUUCUUGACAAUGAUGCUGAUACAACGUUGUGUGAUAAUGUAGGGAUAUCCCCCCUGUAUGCAGCCAUCUUGCAUAACAAUGAAACUGCAGUGAAAGCUUUGAUAGAGACAGGUUGUGAUAUAAACAUGGGGAGUCAGGAUCAUACCUCACUCUUCAUUGCAACAAGGCUCGGACAUUUAAACAUUGUGAAGAUGCUGUGUGAAGCUGGUUGUGACAUCUCUAAGACAAACAAAUAUGGAUUCAGUCACGUCUACGAGGCCGCACUCAGGGGACACAAUCAUGUCCUGUCCUACCUUUUACAGCAUGGCGGGAACCCUAAUGUCACUGACAUUUACGGAAACUCGCCGCUUCAUGCUGCCGCAGUGAAAGGGCACGUGACUUGUAUCAAGUUGUUAAUAGAAGGGGGUGUGAGCUUGAAACUUCGCAACCACAACCGAGAAUGUGCUUUGAGUGUUGCCCUGUUAGCCGGUAAAGCUGAGGUUGUUGAGCAUUUAUUGGAGGCUGGACUGGAGGUUAUUCCAGCCAGUGAAGACAAGCAAGUCAGUGUCGGAAAUAUUGUGACAGUGCUUGAGCGAGGGAUGUCAUCCACGAUUGCGGUGCUUAUAAGAGGCUGUUCUUACCUUCCUAUGUUACACUGCAUCACUAUGCUACCUGGAUUGAGGAAAAACACUACAUUGAUAAAACUACUUGUCCAUUCCGGAAUUCAGACUGUACCUGCAAUCCUAUUGGCUACAGAAAAGCAGUAUGGAAGUAACCAGCUUCCUGAUUGGCUAGUUCAAAUGAAGAGCAAUGCUAGGAGCCUUCAGGACUGCUGCAGAAUUCAAAUAAGAAAAUGCUUGCAAAACAAAGUCCUCUUUAAAACAAAACAGCUUCCUUUGCCCACUGACCUGAAGAUGUUUAUAACCUUGAAAACUAUAUGAACUUUAGUUUAUCGGAAAAUUUGGCAUACAUGACAUACAAACAUACCAUAUAUCAUGGUUAGGUCAGGAAUGUUCCCUUUGCAUGUUCUGUUAUGAUGUCCCUCUGCUAUGCAUUUAAAUCCCGGUAUAUCACCAAAAAGUGUGCAAUAUGAAUUUCAUUUACCUAAUAAUACAUUUUACUGGGCACUUGGGUGAGGGGGUGGUUGGUACACAAUUGUAAAGCCAAAGCCAGUCGGCUUCAAUGCCUGCUGCUAGUGCAUGUUUGCUUGGUUGGUAAAACAAUGAAGGAGCUAAGGAAAUAUUCCUGCUCUGUGUGUUUUUCUUAAUGCAGGUAUAUGUAGGUUUCUGUAAUUAGCAACUAUAUUUAGCUAGAUCUCAUUGAAGGGAUUGACAGUGCAUCUUGAUCCCAUGUUAAGAGUUAUUUCCCUUUGUUUAUUUAUGUAAUUUUAAAAUUUGCAAGGAGCUUACCUUAAAAUCUAGAUAUGUAGAUAACCCUCAUGGAGAUGAUUUGCUUUGCAGAAUAGCCAUAGCUUUUACUACCAUAUUUUUUACAGUUAUUUCCCUUUGUUAAUAUAUUGCAUUUAAAUUUCAAACUGGCAUAUCUUGCAGCCAAAAUAGGUAUAAUCUUGAAAUUUCAUUGUUAGAUCAGAGACGUACAUGUAGCUGGUCAGAUAUAUCUCAAUGAACGGAAGUAGAGUGCUUAAACACCAUAUGUUCUGUUGUAAUUGUUUCACAGUAAUUGCUCUUGUGACUUUUGUGCUGAAAUUUAGAUCAGGGCAUAUCUUUACUUUAAUAUGACUAUCAAGAUGAAAAUUGAUCUGUUUGCGGCUUGCAUUGUUGGGAAAACUGUUCAUUAAACUAAACUGCUAAUUACCUGUGACAAAUUUUCAUGCAGGUUUUUUUUAAACACAACAUUGACAGGUCUAGUUAUAAUUGCUUGUGUGAAUACUUAUUAUAACGCUUUACAUUUUGUAGGAUGCUAAAUGAUUUUUUGUUAAAUUAUAGCAAAUAUUUUUCUGUCCAAAGUUUGUCACCUGCAAAUCAAAUUAAUUCUCAAACUUGAGCUAAAGGUAAAAUGAUGAAUUAUUAUUCGUUGAGGUACUUCCAGUAAUAAAAGUGUGAUGUUUGUGUAAAUAGAAGUUCACAUUAUUAUGUUCCUACAAAUAAACAUUUUGAUAUUUUGUUUUAUUAUUACAGGCUGGUUCUUGUGUUGUUUAUGAGUAAGAGCACUGCUUAUUUGAAGGCUUGAACCAGGCUCUGGGAAAACUGGGCUUAAUGUUUCUGCUUUUAUGGAUAUGUUCGUUGUAUGAAAGUCUCUUCUAAACAAAAAUCCAGUCUAAGGGGAAAGUGUCAUCCCAGAUUAGCCUGUGCGGACGGCAAGAACCUUGACCCACAUGCAUUUACAACAGUGUUCCCAGAACAAUGCUAAUUUGAUAAUGAACUUGCAUGUACAUUUGAAUGGCUGCAUAAGGAGUUAUUAUGUAUAUUUAGUUUUUUAAUGAUAUUCAUUUUAAAGUUAUUUCUGUUUUUGAUGAUUCAUGUAAAUAUCAUGUUUGUGUCUUUUUAUUAAAUUAAUUAUUGAUAUUGUAAAAAUAAUUUGUAAUUAAACAUACCGGUAUUUCUGGAUUGAGCAUUUUUAAUGCCCAUUUGGCGUAGAGGCUAUUGUGUCGGAUUUAGAAAUGCAAAGCAUAUACAAAGGGUCCACAUUCAAACUUCGAAUAACUCAUAUGUUAACUUAAUUAAGGAUAAUUAAUUUAUAAACAGGUAUAGCUAACCAAUGUUAACCUGGCAGUUACCUUUAUGCAUGAAAUUAUUAAAGUAUUGUUUCCAAUAAUACAGAAGUUUCAGAUAAGCGAUUUUAAUUGGUUGAAGCACACCUCACUUAGUAUGCUAUUAUGGUCUCGUUAAUUUUGCGCAAAACGUGUACAACAAACCUGAAAGCAAAUAUCGGAAAUAAUCCAAAUGAGCUGUGCUCUGUGAAAGGGGGCUUAAUGCAUGUGCUUAAAGUGUCAUCCAAGAUAAGCCUGUGGACUGCGCAUGCUAAUCUAGGACGACACUUUUCACACAUGCAUUUAACCCCCUUUUCACAUAGCACGGCCCAACUUUAUUCCAGCGACAUUCCCCCCCCCCCCCCCCUUCUCCCUCCGUGUAAUGUCUAAUUUUUAAAAUGUUUGACAAGUAUUGCAACAAUAACAUAAUGCUGUUAAUUUUUAAUCAAUUCUAGUGUGAGGUUAGUUGGUUAGUUUUCGUCAGUUUUUGUCUGUACAUUUCAAUUUUGUUGCCAUUUUAUUCAUUUAGAAUUAGUUUAUAUAUGCUAGUCGCUGUACACAUGUAAAAUUUGUGUAUUACGGAGACAAUGUGCAAAUAAAAUAACUUGAAAGAUAAUGAUUAUAUGUUAUAUAUAUGGAAUAAUUCUUUUGGAACGUACCCUUACAUAUAGAUAUAAUUGUUCUGUUUGUACAUGAUUUAAGUAAUGUACAAAUAUUCAGUAGUUGUUUUUUCUGAAAUAUGAAGUUCUGGCUGGUCUUAAGUUAAUCUUUAUAAUUCGGACCAAUUAAUAAUACACGUUGACAUGUCAAAUUAUCAGUAAACAUGAUAGCAAUCGUGUUUUUUUUUCAGAUGUUUGUCAGAUAUAAAGACCAUAUUAAUAAAAGAAAAAAAUAA